AUGUUUGGUCUUAUACCAACCGCCCUCUUUGCCACGGCAGCCCUAACUCAGAUCGAAGACGUUGGCAUUCCCUUUAGCGGCAACCUCGACGUUGCCCCUGGCCGUGCCAAUCGUUUCCAAGCCCGAGCCGGCACCGACUUUGGCAUACUGAAAUUCAACUGCAAGGGCGGAGAAUCAGCCUGCAACAAUGCCUGCUACUACAUCAACUGCCACGCACCCGCCAACAAUAUCAAGGAUGCCGACAAGAUUGUCUACACGGGUCCCAAGUCGAAAGAUAACGAUCGGAAUCGCCGUGAGUCGGGGUGCCAGGCUCGUCACCCUCCAAAGGGGGCCCAUCAGAAGCGUCAGAAUCACAAGCCUCAUAAGCCUAAGAAGCCUACGAAGCCUCAUAAGCCUACGAAGCCUACGAAGCCUAACAAGCCUAAGAAACUCGGCUCGACUACCAGCGUAUGCCGGGCGUUUCCAUACAGUCAACGGUUCAUACCCAGCGACAAACACUCAGAGGCGUCAUCGUGGCAGUGCGAUGAGUGGCCGCCGGCGUCGUCUCAGCAGCAACCGUUCGGGUCCAGCGGACGCAUUGCCAACAGUCUCCGCUGUAUGCCUAGCCACGAGAACGAAGCACUCGGUCGUCAAAUGGCUUCAUUCUAUCAGGGUCAUGGGACAUGGCCCGGCCGAAAGACAGCGGGCAAGAUGGCUCGCAAUGAUUACGCCCGCGUCGAGUUCGACAUCUCCCAAGCGGACGGGAGCAAAGUGUCGUUCUGUAUAAAGCAUGUAGAUGGCCUCCACUGCGACAACGACGUUUAUCAGUUCGGCCUGACCAAGAAACGUCAAAAGUAUGGCCAAAUUUCAGUCCCGAUCGAGCCCAAUGACAGUGACCAGGACAACCUUUAUGCUCUUCAGGACACAAGAUUCAAAAGGAUAUUCCAAUGCUCCAUCAAGCUCACGCGCGAGGGCGACAACCACUUCAAGAGCAUCGAGCUGGGCGAUGGGGAAGGUACCAAGCACGAAGCGCCCGACUGCGACAUUCCAGGGGCGACUGGCCACUGCACCCUAGAGGGGCUUCCCAAAGAAUUGAAGCUGUUCAAGAAAGGCCCUCUGGGCUCCAAGCUCAAAUUUGAGUAUGCACCAGGGGAAGAACAAACCAACUUCAACUGGUAUGCGUGGGACACUGAUUCCGAGGGCAAAGGCAAAGGUCCCACCGCCGAUAAGUUUUAUUGCAAGAAAGGUAAGAGCGGAAACGAGGAGGAUAUUGAGUGCUGGUUCCCUUGCUACGAGAACGCAGAUGGCAGAUAG